UAAUCGACAACUUCAUCACUGCACAUGCGCGGAUCGUUCAUCCGGAAAGCCGUGUGUUGACUCUUGUAACAAAAAUAAAGCCAAAAAUCACUUCAACAUGUCAAGGACACCCAACUACCACAUGAAUCCAUAUUCCGGAGGUACACCGUCAAGAAAUUCAGGAUUCUCUCCUUACCAAGAUCAAAAUAGAGGUUCGAUGGGCCCUCCUGGAGGACACAGGCAUGGCUACUUCACUCCUCAACAAGGUGAGGCUCCCAUGAUUGGUGGAGGCAUCAUUCCAGGUCAGCGGUACCCCUCGCACAACAACUCCCCAUUCUCUACCCCAUCAUUCCAGCAGUCGCCCUAUCAGCCGAACGCGGGAUCUUCUCCCCACGAAUCGCCCAACAGGGGAGGAGGGAGAGGGGGCUACCAGAGGAGGGACUCCAGGGGGUGGGGAAGGGGGCGAGGAGGCGGCGGCGGACGAGGGGGCGGUGUCCAGUUUACGCCAUCGGGUCAUCAGCAGUUUCACAACAGGAAAAGAUUCUCGGGUGGAAGUCCAUACCAGAGAGGUCAGCAUGGUGGCAACUCAUCAGUCAUAGAGCGUUACUUCAAGCAAUCCAUGUUAGAAGAUCCGUGGAAGAACCUUGUGGCCAAGAAGGCAUCUGUAUCAUCAUCAUAGCUGGACUAUGAGGGCACUGUAGACCGUACAAUUUCAGUGAUACAUGAGGUCAGGGGUCACCAUUGACUGUCGGGCUACCACCGUCACCAUUUGAAGCGAGUCGAUGAUUUCACUAUAAUUUUUGUGUUGACCAUUAUUAACCUGAUCCUCAGUGAGUAUGGUGCAUGAGGUUAGUGGCCGUCAUUGACCGAUUGAGAAGGGCUGCCCAAAACCAUAAGCCAAUCAGUGAUGUUGCAUAGUGACCAUUGGCAACCAGACCAGUGGAAAAUGGAAAAUGAUCAAUGACCGUCUGGCGGAUUAUAGCGAGAGUUUAUGAUCCACUAUGUCAUCAACAAGACGAGCAUCGAUAGCCCCACCAGACGCUCUGCGACAUCGCAUACUUACGAAGUAUCAUGUUUGUAAGUCAUUGAUGGUAUAUACCAGGUUAGGGUAUUGUGCAUGGUCUGUGAGAAGACAUCCACAUGUUGAAAGAAGAAAUCCCCUGCAUUGGUAUAAAAAUGGUAACAUGAACUUGCGAAGUGUCCUGUAAAGUCGGGAGGGUGACUUGUGGACAACACCAAUUUUUGACAAUUGAACCUUGCUGAAAGGGAAGUGUUUGAAGAGUUGUCACUGUUUUCGCUUAGAAUACUAGAACUGCAUUGUGCAAUUAUCACAAAAAGUCCUAUAUAAUUUAGAUUUUACAUUCAAGUUUGAAACAAUGGGAGAAGAAUGCUUUGAUUUCAGGGCUGCUAAAUCUCUUUGAUCAUGCUUUAAAAUCUUGGAACCCUGUUUCAUAAAGACCAGUGGAAAAUGGAUAAUAGUCAAUGACCGUCUGGUGGAUUAUAGUGAGAGUUUAUGAUUCAUCAACAAAGACGGGCAUUGAUUUCUGGGGGGGGGUGUCAGUAAGUGUUACAGAUUUCUAUUCAAGAGAUAUACCAAAGCGAUUCCAUCAAAUUUGACCAGUGCUAGGUAAUCAUACACAAACAAAAAAAGUGUGAUUAUUAAAUUAUUAAGAUAGCCCAUGUACAUCCACUCGACUCAAUUAUGGCAAAACAACAAUUUUAAUUUAAUUCAAUUAAAAGAUAUGAAAUUUACUCAUUAGUGUACUGUGUUUAUUGGAAAGUUUUGCAACAAUUUAUUUUUUCAAGUUUCAUUUCUGAAUAAAUAGUCAUAAUUUUUAAUAUGAUAGUAAUAGUAAUUAUACUUCCUUAUAUAGAGCUUAAUACUAACAGGUACUUUGUCAGAAGUCUCUAAGCACUCUGCCGUAUAUGCAGCAUAAUUAUGCCAUAAAUUAUGCCAUAUUUUGCAUUGAGAGAAGAUAGUACACCCAUCCAAGUUUUUGAGAUCAGUUACCAAAUUACAAUGCAAAGUUCUUCCUGAUUAACACCCAAUUUUCUACUUGAAAAUGUGCAGGCACAAAAUCCUUGUACAUGUUAUUUAGCUUUGCCAGUGUUCAUGAAGCUUGGGUUAUUAUUGGACAGUUUUAUGAGAUGAACUUGAUGUAAAACUGCAUGCCAGAUGGGAAAACACCAGUGGACUUGAACCACUCACAGCAAUGCAUUUCAAAUAAAACAGAUCAUGAUCUGUUCUAAGUGAUUGGCAAAGCUGUUUCGCCUGAAGUGCUUUGAGAUUCAAGGCAUAGCAGUCUACAUAAAGUCUAAAUCAAGAAAUACUAAAAUUGGGUAGUGAUCUGUUUAAAGGGCCAAGCAACUGACAAAUCAUGGGGAUAUACAAAAUUUGCAA